CGCCCGGGGACCGCGCUCGCCGUCGGCCCGCCGCCGCCAUGAGCGCCGCGCUCUUCAGCCUGGACGGCCCGGCGCGCGGCGCGCCCUGGACUGCGGAGCCCGCCGCCUUCUACGAGCCCGGCCGCGCGGGGAAGCUGGGUCGCGGAGCCGAGCCGGCCGCGCCCGCCAUGUACGACGACGAGAGCGCUAUCGACUUCAGCGCCUACAUCGACUCCAUGGCCGCCGUGCCCACCCUGGAGCUGUGCCACGACGAGCUCUUCGCCGACCUCUUCAACAGCAACCACAAGGCGGGCGCCCUGGAGCUGCUGCCCGGGGGCCCCGCGCGCCCCGCGGGCCCCGGCCCCGCGCCGCGACCGCUCAAGCGCGAGCCCGACUGGGGCGACGGCGACGCGCCCGGCUCGCUGCUGCCCGCGCAGGUGGCCGCGUGCGCGCAGACGGUGGUGAGCCUGGCGGCCGCCGCGCAGCCCACGCCGCCCGCGUCGCCCGAGCCGCCGCGCCGCAGCCCCGCGCCCCCAGCUCCCGGGGCGGCGCGCGACAAGGCAGCGGGCAAGCGGGGCCCGGACCGCGGCAGCCCCGAGUACCGGCAGCGGCGGGAGCGCAACAACAUCGCCGUGCGCAAGAGCCGCGACAAGGCCAAGCGGCGCAACCAGGAGAUGCAGCAGAAGCUGGUGGAGCUUUCGGCCGAGAACGAGAAGCUCCAGCAGCGCGUGGAGCAGCUCACGCGGGACCUGGCCGGCCUGCGGCGCUUCUUCAAGCAGCUGCCCGGCGCGCCCUUUUUGCCCGGCGCGGGGGCGGCGGACGCGCGGUGACGCGGGGGCCGUGCGGGCUGCGGCCGCAGUGCCUGGAACCGCCGGGCCGGACCCCCGGGCUGGGCCGGGACUCGGACAGCUGCCGCGUGGACCCUAAGUUACUGUGACGGCAGCUUCUCUGCAUCCUACGCCCGAGGAGGCAGCUAAGAUCUCUGCCAACAAGGUGAACGAUUACCCAGCUCUCCUGCGGCGGCGUAAUCCUGCGCAGUGCCCGGCAGGACUAACCAGACAUGUCAAUCGCUCCGUAAGGAGCUAUCAUCAGGCCAGUCACUUUAUCUCUACUUUAUGGGAAACAGUUUUACCUCUGACAUAGUUCCCCAGAACAUCUUCCAAAAAAUACUGAACUGCAGAGCGCUUAAGCUGGACACUGUGCAGAGCAGUAAUACGACAAUAGAGGACAAAGGUUUACACUCGGCAGGGUAAUUCUUUGGGGAAAUGUUAAAAGAAAUAUAAGAAAAACACGUUGAAUCACUGUAAAAGUUGAACACUUUAGAAUUACAGUAGAACAAAAUAACUUUUUCUACUAUAUUAUUGUCUAAGGUACAUACAAAAUGAAAACCUCAAGCUUAUUUAAGCUCUUAUCGUGUUCCUAAAUUUGCAGAAAGGCAAUAAAAAUACAUGUAUCAUCGCAGAAAGAA